AUGACAGAACCUAAAAAAGAAGCUAUUGAGGCAAUGUCAGAAUGUGGUCUAAGACCAAUGGAGUCUUAUAGGUAUAUGUCAACAGAAACUGGCGGAGACGACUGUGUAGGUCAUACGAUGAUUGAUCAUCUAAACUACUGCUACAAGUUAAAAAUGAAGCAAAUUGAUGGCAAGGAUUCACAAACACUAGUGAACAAACUGUAUGACAUACAAUCAAUAGAUCCCGAGUUCUUUUUCAGAGUAAGACUCAAUGCUGAAGGAAAAGUUGAGUGCCUAUUUUGGAGGGAUUCUAUGAUGAGAGAAGAUUACAAAAUAUAUGGAGAUGUUCUAGUUUUUGAUACUACAUUCAGAACCAAUAAGUACAAUCUCAUAUGUGCUCCAUUUGUUGGUAUCAAUAACCAUUGGAAAAAUACAAUGUUUGCUUGUGCUUUCAUUGGGGAUGAAACCACAGAAUCUUUCGUUUGGGUGUUUGAAACUUUUCUGAAGGCUAUGGGAGGAAAGCACCCUAUAUCAAUUUUCACUGAUCAAGAUGCAGCUAUUGCUGCUGGAAUAGAACAGGUUUUUCCUUCUUCAAGACACAGGUUAUGCUUGUGGCACUUGAGUAAAAAUGCAAACAGUAGGUUUGGUUUAUUGAAGUCUGAUAAAAACUUCAAAAACGCAUUCUACAAGUGUUUAAGUGGGUGUAUAACACCAAAUGAUUUUGAAGAAACUUGGAAAUCUAUGAUCAACACUUUUAAGCUGGAAAAAGAUGACUGGUUCAACAGAUUGUAUGGUCUUAAAGAAAAAUGGUGUACAGCUUUAAGUAAAGAUUUUUUUUCUGCCGGUAUACUUUCUUCACAAAGAAGUGAAAGUACAAACCAUGCUGUUGGUUUUAAAGCAAAUAAAAGUACAACAUUAACAGAGUUCUAUAGUAUUUUUCAAGCUACAAUAAAUCGAUGGAGAAAAACCGAAGAAAAAGACGACUUUGACUGUACAAGGGGAAUACCAACUUCAGAGCUAAGUAUGAGUGCUAUAUUAAAACAGGCAGCAAAUGUAUACACGAUAACACUUUUUCGUGAUUUUGAAGAAGAGUUCAAGCUUUCUGUGGCAAGUAGUACAAUGUUCAAGGGAAGUGUAGGAAGAACAGUGUUUUUUGAAGUGUGGAUAGAAGGAAUAAUAGGAUCAAGGCAAGAAGUUCAAUACAAAAUGGAAGAUUCAACCGUCACUUGCACAUGCAAAAACUUUGAAGAAUCUGGAUGGUUGUGCUUCCAUUGUUUAAGAAUAUUGCAUAUACAUUCAAUCAAUACAAUUCCAGAUCGUUACAUAACAACAAGAUGGACUAGAUAUGCAAAGAAACAGAUAUGGGAAAGGGUUGAUACAAUAAAAAGGGAGAAAGGUGAAAUCAACAAUUUUACUGGGCAUAAGAUAGCAAAGGCCAGAAAAUUUAUCGAGGAGAAGUUUAAAAUGGAUAAUAAAGCAGUUGAUGAAAUCAUAAAAAAGGAAGAAGAAAGGAAGGCAAAAGAAGAAGCUGCAAAGAUAGCAGAACAAGAAAAGGCAAAAGCUGAAGCACAACGAGAAACACAAGACGGGGAAUCAACUAAUUCUGAAAUAACAAUUGUGCUUGAUCCUGAUCGUGCUAAUACUAAAGGAAAGAGUAAGAAGAGAAUAAAGGGUCAAUAUGACAAUUACAAGCAGCCAUCAAAGAAAGGAAAAAAGAAACACAAAGAAUUUGGAUCCAAGACACCCAAUAUUCAAUUAUUUACACCUAAAGAACAACUAUUUUAG